UGCACUUCUCACGCCUCGCCAUGUUCCCGCUCUUCGACUUGGCGCACUACGUGGCCUCCGCCCUCGGCCUCCGGGAGCAGCGCGCAUUUCCUUUCCACUGUCGGAGGUGAGGCAGUAGUUGUGAAGUGUGGAUACUGCUCCAGCCUUGAGACUGAAAUAGAACCACAGACAGUGAGGGUUGGAAGGGACCUCGGGAGGUUGCAUCUAGUCCAGUCCCCCUGCUCAAGGCAGCACCGUCCCCAACUAGAUCAUCCCAGGAGCAGUGGAAAUAUCCUAUCAGAGCCCUAUUGCAUGCUGGGUUAGUACUAUGCUUCACUGCUUUGGUGGCUCUGUUUUAUCCUCCUUGAUGCUUGCUGAGUCUCCAGUAGGGUUCCUUGCAAACAGCACAAAUGUCUUACUUGCAUCGUUAGUCUGGUAUCUAGUAUUUUAUUGUCCACAAGAUAUAUUCUACCGAUGCUUUUCCUUUCUGCCUCUUCGACUGAUGGUUGCAGGAAUGAAAGAAGUGACUAGGACUUGGAAGAUAACAGGUGGAAUCACACAUGCGAACAGCCACUACAAAAAUGCCUGGCUUAUCAUGGUAGCUGUUGGCUGGGCUAGAGGAGCUGGUGGUGGCUUAAUCUCUAACUUUGAACAGUUGGUGAGAGGUAUCUGGAAACCUGAAAGUAAUGAGCUACUGAAGAUGUCUUACCCUGUAAAGGUAACUCUGGUAGGAGCCAUACUCUUCACACUGCAACAUACCCAGAGCCUGCCAAUAGCGAGACACAACCUUAUGUUCUUUUAUACCAUCUUUCUAGUAGUUACAAAGGUAACUAUGAUGUUAACACCAUCUGCAAUAUCUCCAUUUGCUCCCUUUGAAGCUGUACUGGGCCGCAUGCUCUUUGGUUGGCAACACCCUCCAUCUAACAUGAAGAGCGAAGCCAAAUUAUCUUCCUCUAGCACCUCUUCAUCCUGUGACAGCCCUUCCACUAGAGAGAACAGUGAUGGUGCUAAGAAAAGACAAGUGAAGAAAGUGGAAUAAGUGGCCAAAAGUCUUCAUAUUCUGUUGUGGCCAUACUACUCCAAGACCAUUCUGUUUUUCAAAUGAUGUGAAAAGAAAACUUUUUAAGAAAAUAUGUGCAGCAAGAAUGGCAGUUGUAGGUGUUGCACUGCUGUAAGGUGGCUAACCUUACUUCUGUAAACUGCAAUUUAGAUGUUGCAAAUCUGUAUCAUGUUGGAUUCUAAGUGGUACUGAUUAAGAUUUUUAUAGUACUGAUUUUACUAAAUGAAAUUUUAUUGUUAUUUUUAUAUUUAUGAAAUUUUAAAUGGUAAAAGCUAAAUAAACAUAACAACAAAAUAUUUUUCUUUACCUUUCUGUAAUAUCACUAUUUUCACAGCCAUCAUUUUCAUUGAAAUGGACUUGCACUGCCAACUAUAAAAAGUACCAUAUUCCAAAGUAUGAAAGGUUCUAACAGUUGUCAUUUAAAUUAUGUAAAUUACAAAUAUUCACAUAAUAUGAAUAAAGUGGAAUUUUUUUUUUUCCCUGAACAACUGGAAGUAUACAAAAAGAAGCCUUUAAUAGGAAAAAUACCGCUUAUUAUUGUCAUUUAAGUUGCACUGGUCUUGACUAUGCCUAGCAGCUAAUUAAAGCAAAGACUUCUUCCUACUUUCAAAAUAAAAGUAAAUGCUUUGACUAUUAUAAAAAUAAACAAACAAUUUGGACCUGUAGCUAGUUAACAUGUCUCCUGUUGACUUAGGUUAACACUGUUACUUGCAAGCUCAAUUUCUCUUCUGUCCUGCAUGCAGUAACAAUAUUACUUUGCUAAUUUAUACCUUUUAAUUAAGGUAUGUAGUCUGUAGUAUCUUCCUCCUUUGGUUUUGGGUACAUGUGUUUGCAUGGAAUCUUAUCCUCUAUGUGCAACACCAUUAUCUUCUGCUUUCUGACCUGGGCUUCUUUUGACAAGGAGGAAAUGAUAUACUGCAAGUAACAUCCAUUUUUCCCAACCUAAAAAUCUUUACUACCUUAACUGAUUCUGUUUGGAAGAAGAUAAAUUAGGAGCUAGCACUGGUGGAACAGUUUUCAUUGGUGGUAAUGGGGAAGAACUUUUAGUUGUCCUUGGCUUCUGCUGCACUUUACUACUUCCUUUUUCUUGCUUCUUGUUUGCAUAUUAUUAUGGCAGAUUACAUUUCUAGUAGCUAGUCUUUCAGUUCUGGAUUAUCUGUAAAAGCUGUCGUGUGAGUGGCAAUACCACAAUGCAUGUUUUCUGCAUGGCAGAGCAGGCAUCUCCAUUUGAUUUGUUUAUGUCACUGGUUGGCAUGAUAGGCCUUUGGGUCUCUCUUGCCUAGUGUCUUGCUCCACUACAACGUCAGAGUGAGAUCUUGAGAGUAGCAUUACCUGUAUGUCUUGUUGGUUGUCCCUCUCUCCUGCCACAUCUUGAUGUUCUUCUUGGGGGAGAGUCUUUGCAGGUAUCCUGUGCAAACUCACUCAUUUGAUUUCUUUGUGGGGCUUCAACCUCCCCUUUACUCCACCCUUACCGCAUCCAGGGCUGCAACUGACAUUGUUGUCUAUGAGUUCACUUGCCUGGGUAAUAGGUUCUCACCCAUGCUGCCCUUUGUUGAUGUAAGCUAUCCUCCAGCUGUUGGCUUGUCCUCAGCUGUUCUCUGGCCUGGGCCAACAUCCCCACAGCUUUGUGUAAGGCAGUUCUUAUCACCGCUUUGCAUAAGGCAGUUCUUUAAACAAUAACUGAGGAAAUUAACUUAUCAGCCUUCACUGGUAUACUCUUGUGGCCACUAAGUUCUUGCCACAGACUGAGUUAUAGGGUUCUUCAGCAUCCCGCUGUACCCCUCUGUCCCAGUUGGGCCCUCUGGAUACCUGUCCCAUUAGCCAUUGCUUCCAGCCUCGAUGCUGUCUGGGGCUUUGUGCCCCACCUUGUCUCUAGGGCCUCAGCCCUCCAGAGGGACUGUUCUCACUCCAGCUCCCUUUUAGGCUCAAAUCAGCCUCAGAGCCGGAUAGAGCUUCCCCACCAGGCCUUCUGUUGCCUCCCAACUCCUGUCCCCACUCUUCCCCACCAUGUACCUCUGGGCUCCAAUGCUGCCUGUCCUGUUGGAGCUCUGAGCCCUCCUAUGUCCCUCUCUUCACUGGGGCGCGCAGCUGGCUCCGCUCUCUGGGCAAGCUGCUUGCGACUACCCAGCCACUCUUCACUGGGGCGCACAGCUGGCUCAGCUCUUGUGGCUAGCCAUGUGCGGCUUCCUGGCUCCGCUCUGCCUCAGCAUGUUUUCUCCCUCGCUGGCAGCAAUCCUCUCAAGCUGCUCCCCGGCUUGCUGCUUGCCCUCUGCCUCUCUGGAGGUUCUCUACAGCUCCACCUUCCUGGUGAACUGCUCUGGGGCACUCUUCCUUGGCUCCCUCCUUUCUGCGGCGUUUCUUUACCACUUCCUGAGCCUUCUGGCCCUGACGUAUGCCAUAUCUCUCCUCUUCCGGCCUGCUUAUCCUCCGGGCCCCACCCUCUUCUUCAGCGAUCUGUAGGCUCAGGCUGCUGAGGAACUGCCAUGCCGGAGCCAGCAUCAUUCUCCCUGCCUUGCAGGAAGGGGAGAAUGAGAAAAACCCCCACUGACAGUCUCUUUCCCCUUCACAGUCUAGUUUUCACAAACUUAAUAUUUGUCUAGUGAGGACUCCGGGGGAAGAGAACAAUGUGGAUGCAAAAGUGCAGUACACAUCUGAGAAGGGACCAUAGGUAAAGUCUAGUUAUCAGAGUAGCUGAGAUGUAUCCAACUAAAAUUGGGAAGGAAAAGUUUUCAGGGUAUAGGUGAGUUUAGAUGAGCUCAGCUUUUAAAGUAGAACCUUCAUAAUUAUGUACCCAUUGUAGUGACCAAAAUAACUUUAAUGCUUUUUCUUCCUUUUAGUUCUAACCAGGUCAGCUGAGAGAACACUGGGACUAAUUGUUUACAUUAAUUAAUAACAGAAUUGCUAAGUAAAUUCUCUCAGUUAUACCUUUAUGAAGGUAGUGAGGUUAAUUCAGGAUUGCUAAGGGCCAAAGUGACUUGCAGAUGAAGGAAAGAACAUGUGGCUUGGUUGCAGUGUUAGGUUGGUUUGCAGGGCUGGCAACUAGGGAAAAACCACACAAACAGGCAGAUGGAUGCCCUGGUACUACAAGACAAGGUUCAACAACCUACACCCCUGGUACUACAAGUGCCUUCUCCAGUGAGUUGAACUUCUAGAAAUCUUCAAAUUAUGUCCAGUAUCUGAACACUGGUUAAUAUCUUAUGCCUAGUGCAGUAAAACAGGUUGCUUCAAUGUAGAAAAGAAAAAUAAGUUCACUGCCCAAAUCUGGUCUAGUUGCCAAGACGACAAAAUGAGGAUCAUUCUUGCCUUGUAAUUUGGAAUUUUUUUUUCCAGUAACGACUGCUGAGACAAUAGAAUGGGGUGACAGUUUUAUACAAUUCUUUGGUUAUCUGGGACUUUGGAUACUCAGGCUGCAAAUUAACAGGCAGCUAAUGUUUUAAUAGCACCAGCAAAUAUUGUCUUGUGACAUUUCUAAAACUUUUACAUGCUUCAUUUUCUUAAGAGAUGCUUUUUAAUGUUGUGAUCAAGUGUUCAAUAAUUGCAUUUGAUAUACUGCGUAUGAACUGCUGUACUACUGUGAAACGUUAGCCAACGUCUGGACACUUUUUGCCCAAAUGGAUCUGUGAAAAUGUGUUUAGGACUAUUCUUAAAUAAGUUUACAAGAUUUGAGGCAGAAAAUAUGGCUUUCUUUGUAUGAAAUAUCGACUUGUAAAGAUGAUUUUGUUCUUAUUAAAGAAGUGGAAAAUGUU